AUGAUAAAUAAUCCAGAUUAAUUUAACUAAAACAUAGAAACAAAUGAAGAAGCUCCCUACUUUAUAGAAAAUUUUGAUAAAUAAUUAGAGUUAUAUAAAUUUAAAAAUGUUAAACAAAGCAGAAAUAUAACUUACUAAUAUUUUAAAAGAAGUAAAUUAAUAAUUGACUAAAGAUAUGUUCUCAAAGAAGAAAUCUCUUAUAGCAGUUAUGAAUAUAAAUGCAAAGCAUAUGAUAAUAAAUCACACUAAGAUGUUUAAAUUAAUUAUUAUUUUUUUUAUAGUCAAUAUUAAUUAAAAGAAAUUUUAAAAGCAAUUGAGAUUUAAAAAUUCUUAAAUCAUGAAAACAUAGAAAAAAUAUAUAACUUUAAUUUUACUUCUUAUCCUGAAAUUAAUGAAAUGUAUGUUGUUUCUGAUUUCAUGCAAACAAGUUUGAAUUAUAUCAUAUAAUCUGAGCAAUAGUUAACGGAGGAUCAUAUUAAGUAUUUUAUGUAUUAAAUUUUAAGAGCUUUACACUACAUCCACUCUGCUAAAAUAGUAUUUGUCUAAUUAGAACCUAAAUUAAUUAAAAUUAAUUCUGAUUGCUCUAUAAAAAUAUCAGACUUUAUUUGGUGUAUUGGAAAUCAAAAUUAAGAGAUAGAAACAAAUUACGUAAAUUAAUACUAUUAUAUGUCUCCUGAAUAUAUUGUUGAAUAAAUGGGCACAGAAAAAUCAGAUAUUUGGUCAGCUGGUUGUAUUUUUGCAGAAUUAAUAAGUAGAAGAAAACUUUUCACUGGAUAUGAAUAUCCUCAAGCCAUAACUUAAAUUCUUAAAUUUUGUGGUAAACAAAAUGAAGAAGACUUGAAAUACUACAAAAUAAUAAAUAGAGAAAGACUAUUAAAAUCUAUGCCAAAAGAAAAAUAAAUAUCAUCAUUGCAAGCAUAUUUUCCAAAUGCUAAUCCUUUGGCAUUAGAUUUAUUGGGUAAAAUGCUUACAUUUAAUUUAGAUAAACGAUUUAACGCUCUUGAGUGUUUAUAACAUGAAUAUUUAGCUGAUUUAUAUGACCCAUAAGAGGAAUUUACAUGUGAUUAAGAAUUUGACUGGAGUUUUCUAGAUUAAAAAUUAACUGAAAAAGAAAUUAUAAUGAGAUUAUACAAAAAUUAGCUAUUUUUUUAAGAAAAUUGA